AAAGAGACAAGUUGUCAAGAGAGGUGGGGGAGGAAGAAGACGAUCUGAUCUUCGAUACACCAUCGUCUUCCUCCUCGAUCCCAUUAAGAUACGUAUUCUUACUUCUGCCUUGUUUGUAGAUCUCUUGUCGGAUCAUCGGUUUGUAACAUUGUCGGAAUCCGACAGAAAUGUCGUUGAACAUGAAAACGUUUACUCAAGCUCUAGCAAGAACAGCGGCUGUGAUCGAGAAGACGGUGCAAACCACAGUACAGGAAGUCACAGGACCGAAGGCUCUUCAAGACUACGAGCUUCUCGAACAGAUCGGUUCCGCUGGUCCUGGCCUCGCUUGGAAGCUGUACGCAGCUAAAGCGCGUGACACCACGCGUUCUCAGCAGUACCCGACGGUAUGCGUGUGGAUGCUUGAUAAGCGAGCUUUGUCUGAGGCUCGUGUCAGAGCUGGGCUGUCUAAGGCAGCUGAAGACGCGUUUCUUGAUCUGAUUCGAGCUGAUGCAGGAAAGUUGGUGAGGUUGAGGCAUCCCGGUGUGGUUCACGUGGUGCAGGCGCUUGAUGAGAAUAAGAACGCUAUGGCUUUGGUUACAGAGCCGCUCUUUGCCUCUGUGGCUAAUGCGCUUGGGAAUGUGGAGAAUGUGGCUAAUGUGCCGAAAGAUCUGAAGUCAAUGGAGAUGAGCUUGUUAGAGGUGAAGCAUGGUCUGCUCCAGAUUUCGGAGACACUGAACUUUCUCCACAACAAUGCCAAUCUCAUCCACCGAGCCAUAUCUCCCGAGAAUGUUCUUAUUACUUCAGCUGGUUCUUGGAAGCUCGCCGGAUUUGGUUUUGCUAUUUCAGCAGCACAGGGUGGAAAUUUGGAUAACAUGCAAUCAUUCCACUAUUCUGAAUAUGACGUCGAGGAUUCAAUGCUGCCAGUCCAGCCGUCACUAAAUUACACUGCACCUGAACUAGUGCGCAGCAAAAGUCCUUCAGCUGGAGCUUCUUCGGACAUUUUUAGUUUUGGAUGCCUUGCCUAUCAUUUAGUUGCUCGGAAACCGUUGUUAGACUGCAAUAACAAUGUAAAGAUGUACCUGAACACGCUGAACUAUCUAACAAAUGAGUCUUUCUCAUCUAUACCCUCGGACUUGGUAUCGGAUUUGCAAAGGAUGCUAUCAAUGAACGAGACCUUUAGACCAACAGCAUUAGAUUUUACAGGAUCUAGUUUUUUCCGCAGCGACGCUAGGUUACGUGCUCUCCGUUUUCUUGAUCACAUGCUUGAAAAAGAAAACAUGCAGAAGUCCGAGUUCUUGAAAGCAUUAUCAGAUAUGUGGAAAGAUUUUGAUUCCCGUGUAUUACGGUAUAAGGUGCUUCCGCCUCUUUGUGCUGAACUUAGGAAUUUGGUUUUGCAACCAAUCAUCUUGCCAAUGGUUCUAAUUAUAGCACAGUCUCAGGAUAGGAAUGACUUUGAGUUGAUAACACUACCGGCUCUUGUUCCUGUUCUGAGUACUGCUUCUGGAGAUACAUUACUGUUGCUUGUAAAGCAUGCAGAGCUUAUUACUAACAAGACUGAUAGCGAGCAUCUUGUAUCGCAUGUCCUCCCUUUGCUUCUCCGAGCCUACAAUGAUAAUGAUGUCCGUAUACAGGAAGAAGUUCUUAAAAGAUCCACAGCUGUCGCUAAGCAACUCGAUGGUCAGGUUGUGAAGGAAGCAAUUUUGCCUCGCGUACAUGGUUUGGCUCUCAAAACUACAGUUGCUGCGGUCAGAGUAAAUGCUUUACUCUGCUUAGCGGAGCUGGUUCAAACGCUUGAUAAACCCGCUGUUAUUGAAAUUCUGCAAACAGUUCAGCGUUGUACUGCUGUUGAUCGUUCUGCACCUACCCUUAUGUGUACCCUUGCCAUCGCAAACGCAAUUCUCAAACAGUAUGGAGUUGAAUUCACAGCGGAACAUGUGCUUACUUUGAUGAUGCCGCUUCUUACUGCCCAACAACUUAACGUUCAGCAGUUUGCCAAAUAUAUGCUAUUUGUCAAGGAUAUUCUCAGAAAAAUAGAGGAAAAAAGAGGAGUUACAGUGAACGAUUCUGGAAUCCCAGAGGUGAAACCUCAUUCUACUACUGCCAAUGGACUCCAGUUUCAGUCGUUGAACCAAACGCCUGAGAAAGUUGCUUCUGCAGCUAAGAGCAGCCCAGCUUGGGAUGAAGAUUGGGGUUCUCCGAGCAAAGCUUCUGCCGUGGGAAAUCAUGGAUCUUCUCAUCAAGUCACAAACAAUCAGUUUAACAAAUCCUCAAAGCAGUCACAGCCAUCGACCAUGUCUACUUCGCAAAACAAGGCAACAGCGCCAACCACAUGCCCUCCAGUGGAUAUUGAGUGGCCUCCAAGACAACCUUCAAGUGUCUCUGCUCCAGCUAUAGCUGAUGAGACACAGCUAAACACAGGAACAACAUCUACUCCUGGUUUUGAUGAAUUAGAUCCUUUUGCAAAUUGGCCUCCACGUCCCAACAACAACGGCACUUCUGUUGUUUCUACCGGUCUCAACAAUGGUACCGCAUCUGGUUUUAGCAACAAUUUAACAGCCGGCACUUCUUUUCAGACAGCUAACAAUGACAAUUGGGCAUUCAGUAACGCCUCCUUGUCUUCACUAAAACCACCCCAGCAAAGACAGAGCCAAGGAGUGCCAUCUUUCUCCAGCGGUUCUAACAAUAACCAAAAGCCAGCAGACAUCAGUUCCAUAUUCAGUUCAAGCAAAAACGGUCAGCCUGCAAUGAAACUCGCGCCACCACCUUCGACAGCAAUGGGAAGAGGAAGGGGAAGAGGUAGAGGUGGAAACUCAAAGCCCAAUGGUUCACAAACAUCUCUACUGGAUCUUCUAUGACCAAAGGCUCCAGGAGUUGGUGUUUGGUCGUGCAGUGAAUAGAAGCUUGUACACAUUGAAAACCUUACUACAGCUUCAUGUUCUAUAAACAUCUUCGGGGAUUAGUUCUUUUCACAUAUAAACCUUACUACAGCUUCAUGUGUUUCAGGUUGUUUCUGUCUCUCUCAAAUUGUGUAAAUUUUGUUCUAAUUGCUUUUUUGCUCUCACGUUGCUUCUUUGGUCAUUCGGCUGUUACGCUGUUUUCAUGUAUACGGGUUUUCUUAAAUAUAAAAUUGAGUUAUCG